UAUUCUAGUACGUCGCCGCGGCGUUACAUUCGGCGUCGCCACGCCUUUCUGUCCUCCUCCUUUUGGAUCAGCGUUUGAGACCUAAGGUUUCGGUUUUUAGAGGAGCUGCGCGCGUUGCACUGAUUCUACAGCCAUGGCCGAGAAUACCGGCUUGGAAAAUCAUCGUAUCAAGAGCUUCAAAAACAAGGGACGAGAUGUCGAGACGAUGAGAAGACACAGAAAUGAAGUAACAAUUGAACUCAGAAAGAACAAAAGAGAUGAGCACUUACUGAAAAAAAGAAAUGUACCGCAAGAAGAAAGUUUAGAAGACUCUGAUGCUGAUGCAGAUUUCAAGGCGCAAAAUGUAACCUUGGAUGCAAUUUUGCAGAAUGCAACAAGUGAUAACCCUGUGAUUCAACUGAGUGCUGUUCAGGCUGCGAGAAAGCUACUUUCAAGUGACAGAAAUCCACCAAUAGAUGACUUAAUAAAAUCUGGAAUUUUGCCCAUCUUAGUAAAAUGCCUUGAGCGAGAUGAUAACCCAUCAUUACAGUUUGAAGCUGCCUGGGCAUUGACAAAUAUUGCUUCUGGUACUUCUGCCCAGACUCAAGCAGUGGUGAAAUCAAAUGCUGUACCACUUUUCUUGAGAUUGCUUCAUUCGCCUCACCAGAAUGUUUGUGAACAAGCUGUUUGGGCUCUUGGAAAUAUCAUUGGGGAUGGUCCUCAGUGUAGAGACUAUGUUAUCUCACUGGGAGUCGUCAAACCUCUUCUGUUGUUCAUCAGCCCUUCCAUUCCCAUCACUUUUCUCCGGAACGUCACAUGGGUUAUUGUCAACCUCUGCAGGAAUAAGGACCCCCCCCCACCUAUGGAGACAGUGCAGGAGAUUUUACCUGCUUUGUGUGUUCUUAUUUAUCACACAGACAUCAAUAUUCUUGUGGACACCGUAUGGGCAUUGUCCUAUUUAACAGAUGGAGGGAAUGAACAGAUACAGAUGGUGAUUGAUUCUGGGGUAGUUCAAUUUUUAGUUCCCCUCCUGAGCCACCAAGAGGUUAAAGUUCAGACUGCAGCAUUAAGGGCGGUUGGUAACAUUGUGACUGGUACAGAUGAGCAAACCCAAGUUGUACUAAAUUGUGAUGUGCUUUCUCACUUUCCUAAUUUAUUAACACACCCAAAAGAGAAGAUUAAUAAGGAAGCGGUAUGGUUUCUUUCAAAUAUUACAGCUGGAAACCAGCAGCAAGUUCAGGCUGUCAUUGAUGCUGGUCUCAUUCCCAUGAUCAUACACCAGCUUGCAAAGGGCGAUUUUGGAACACAGAAAGAAGCAGCAUGGGCAAUCAGUAAUUUAACAAUAAGUGGAAGAAAAGAUCAGGUUGAAUACCUUGUACAGCAGAAUGUCAUCCCACCUUUCUGUAACCUACUGGCUGUCAAAGAUUCACAAGUAGUUCAAGUAGUACUGGAUGGACUGAAGAACAUUUUAAUAAUGGCUGGUGAUGAAGCUAGUACGAUAGCUGAGAUAAUAGAAGAGUGUGGAGGUUUGGAGAAAAUCGAAAACUUGCAGCAGCAUGAAAAUGAAGAUAUCUACAAAUUAGCCUUUGAAAUUAUUGACCAGUACUUCUCUGGAGAUGAUAUUGAUGAAGAUCCUAGCCUCAUUCCUGAACCAGCUCAGGGAGGAACAUUCAACUUUGACCCAACUUCAAAUCUACAAACCAAGGAAUUUAAAUUUUAAGAAGUAUAUUACAGCUGCUCUGCUACAUGUGUCAACUCUGAAAUGCCACACACAUUUUAUUAACCACAACAUGUGCUGAAGUUUUGAAGACUUGUGUUAAUCUUCAGCUAGUGCUUCUAAAUCUAAAACAGAAUUUAACUAAGAACAAAAAAAAAAAACUAAAGUCUAAUAUCAGUCCAUCUGCACUUGCCAAAUGAGCUAUUACAGAAGCCAGAGGAUCCAUGUGCAUGAAUUGACAAAUUCAUUUUAUAUUCCAUCAUAUCAGUGCAGAAGAAAAUCCUGAUGUGCUUUUUUUAUGCUUUUUCACCCCGAUAUCAUGUGCUGUUCAUUUACAGUAAUCCCUUUAUAAGUAAGUGUUCAUGUUGACAUUUUAGAUGCUAUGUGAUGAAAAGACACAAGUUUUUGGAAGUACUGAAACACUUAGUUUUGUAGAAGUUGGAAGAGACUGAACCUUUUUGUUAUCACCACAACCACGUUUAUUGAUUGUACAACAGCAGAAGUUAAAAAUCAAAAUAAGGAAAGAAUGACAAUAUGAACAAACAUCAGAAUAAUAUGUGAACCUGCAUCAUUGCAGACAUUAGAAGGAUAAAAUGUGUAGAAUUCAUUUUUUGUUACGGUGAAAUCCACCUUUACAAAUGGAUGUUUCUGCUAGUGUACAAUGUUUUCAGGAAAGAUUUCCCCCUGAAAACUUUUGCCCAAGUAAAACACCACCACCAUUUCAGCCUGUGAUUCGGCUAUAUUUCUUAAGGUAAUCCACAUGGGAUUUUCUGAAUUGGAUUUUCUAAACUGAAAGCAAUUGUCCUCUUAUAUUUAGCGAAAAUGUUUUGUCCAUCUAUAAGAAUCUUGCUUUUUAGCACUUUGCUUUUAUAUCCAUUUUAGGUUUGUUAUUAGUAUAUAAAGUAUAUUUUAAUUUUGCUGAAAUUGCAAGUAGCAAUGAUGGUUGAAUUUCACUGAGUUUAUUCUGUGGAGCUUCCAAGUUUGCAGUAAUUAAGUCUUGCACAAGUUUGUAAAAAUUGCAGUCAGUGCUUCUCUCUCUCCGUAAACAUCACAAACGAGGGUGAAAAUCAUAUGAUUCUUAAUGUUGGCAAUACAAUAUAUAGGUUUCUCUGUAGGUUACAUGCUAAAAGUCAAUUUAACUGUUCAAACAUUAUAUUGUUUAAAUUAAGGCUUAUGUAAAAGCUGCAGUGGCUGCUACCUGUACAUCAAGUUCAUUGUGCAGGAUAACAUUGUACUUAUUGUUAAAGUUAACAGGGAAUUCUGUUUUAAUGUGUGUAUCUUGUUAAGAUGAUACCCUUAUUGGAAAAAAGUUUUGUUGCUAUUGUGAAUGGAGAUAAAAUGUGUUUUCUUUUUCUCCCCAGUGCAUUUCUUGUAAAGGGAUAAACAGUUGCAUUUACUAAUGUAGUUAUGUUUUGGCUGCUACUACUACAAAGAUGUUCGGAUAAGACUGCAGUCAGAGCUUUCUGGAUUAGCUGUUUAUAAGUUGAUGAAAACUGAAAAACUAUGGCAGAUGUUCAUUCUUGAAUUAUCUAUCAGUUUAGACCGAGCCACUUUAAAGAGUAGAAGUUACCUUGUAUCAGACACUGAUACAAGUUUAUGUAGAUUGCAAGAUUUUACUUGCGCAAGAAACAUGUUUUAAUGUGACAUAUAUACCAUUUUGGCCUCUGAUUAUUUAUAUCUUUUUUAUAAAUUUUAGAUUCUGUUUCUCUUUAAGGUGGCUCAUUAUAUUUUUUUCCCUUUUCAACUCUUGUGCAUAUUAAAGGCAAGUUGAAAUUUG